GUAAACAAGCAUUGAUAUAACAACAAACUCUUAAUUAUUUAUAGUAGUGUCAUAGGCGAUAAGAACGAAUAAGCGAACGAAUCAAUGAAAGGAUAAAAACGUGCGACAAUAUUGCCUGGUACUGUUCCAUAAAGUCACUAGUCUGUGUAUUGAGCGUAUAUAGUGCGUCUUUGAACGGCAUUGUUUUUAAUAAUACCAAUUUCGAGACGACCGACGAUACACUAUCAUUCGUAUCCAUAAAAAUAAUUCAGCCACAAGUACCUUCUAUUAUCUUCUCUGUCAUUAUCGUAUUGAAUGGCGGGGUUACUUAAAGCAAAUUUUAGUACGAGUGGUUAUUUUUUAAGGCCUUUGAUUUGGAGAAAACAUUCCAAUACGAACCUUCGCUCGAAUCGGCACAGUUGCGACCAGAACGGGUUGUCUUUGAUCGAAAAACUCAUGUGCACCGACAAAUCAAACAAAUUGGUCAUCGAUGAAAUCGCUACGGAAGAAAUUCAAGUUAAAGGCGUCGAUUCGUUGAAACUGCCAAAGGGAUGGAUGAAGCAGAAAGCUUUUCUCAGCACACUGGAUAUCUUCAUCUCCUUGUUUAUAGUUACGCCUUUGGUGGUAGCUUGCUGGAGAGGCACAUGGCAGCUGAUGGACAUCUACGCUUAUUACUUUCCACCAUGGGAGAGUUUUGUGGUUGGAACGAUAAUCCAUAUAUUUAUAGGAAUAACGCAGGAAAGUUUUCAUGAAGUUUUGAACAGAAAACAUAAAAAUGGUAUUAUUAACUUCUCGGCAAUCUUUUUAAUGAAGCUGUAUACUGUCGUCUUAAACAUUGUUACAAAUUUACAUUGGAGAGGUGCUUGGAUAAUAAUAGACGAAUAUUUUGGGAUUGUCAUGACUGAAACGGGAGAGACUAAAGUUGCUAGACCAUUUGAAGCGUUUCUGUUUUUUGGGUUUUGCUUUACAGUCAUGUUUUUUAUGAAAUGUCUGAGGAACCUAAACUCGCCGCCUUUCGAGAUAUGCAUGGAUUAUGGGGACGACAUGUUCUUGUUUCCAAACAUGUUCAAAGUAAAUAUUACGAUAAUUAUCGCUUUAAACACGAAGAAUCGUAUUAGCAGUGGAAGUAACCAAGAUAUCAAAUCCGAUAGUCUAUAUUUAAUGAACACUUACGGAAGCGAUAAUAACUUCAAACAAAAUAUAAUCAAGAAAAGGAAAAUUGACCAAAAUAAACCAGAAAAUCAGAAAUCUUUUGCAAUACCCGUAGAAAUUAGCGAUUCAAACCCAAAAAAUAUUCAGGAAAUCUUGGACUCUGCUCCAAAGAAAGCUGAGGAUCGACAAAGCAUUUAUAACAAUCCAGAUUAUAAUAAAUAUAAGCUCCAUGGAAUUGGAUUUCAAAAAGAUGAUCUUUUUUCGAGUUUCAAACCAUCCGCGCCUGGAGAUAUAAACAAUUUGGUUGCUGGUUUUAGAUUUGCUCCAUCCAAUUGGCAGGUUGUUAGUCAGACUCCACAGAAACCUUCAAAAUUUGUACGAACAGCUGAUUUAGUAAGACAGCAUAAUAUGGAGCAACCGAUAUAUUAUGUCGUUAUGAACAUUUUCACAGUUGGAAAUAGCAAGGAUCAUUACAGAAAUAUUGAAAAUAUUGUUGAGAAUAUGAAGAUAUCUAAACGGGGACAACUUACAAUGGAUUUAAAAUUUUUGUAGAUGUUAUGCGUGGCUUGUAAUUACUUU